AUGCCUUCCUUCGCGUCGUUCCUGGUCUCGGCGCUCCUCGCCGGCGCCGGCCUUGUCUCGGCCCUGCCCCCCAAGAUUGGCACCACCGUCAACGAGCGCGGCAGCUUCGAGGUCAAGCAGGUCCGCAACCCACGCCACAAGCCCAGCGGCCCCGUCUCCGUCUACAAGACGUACCUCAAGUUCGGCGUGCCCAUCCCCGACGAGCUGCGCGCCACCGUCUUCAACAUCACCAACGGCCGCGUCGGGAAGCGCGCGUCGGGCAGCGCCAGCGCCACCCCCAUCGACAGCUUCGACGACGCCUACAUCACGCCCGUCUCCAUCGGCACCCCGCCCCAGGUCCUCAACCUCGACUUCGACUCGGGCUCGUCGGAUCUCUGGGUCUUCAGCACCCAGCUGCCCGCCAGCGAGGUCAACGGCCAGACCCUGUACAACGCCGGCGCCAGCACCUCGGCGUCGCUCAAGUCGGGCUACUCGUGGAGCAUUUCCUACGGCGACGGCAGCUCGUCGAGCGGCAAUGUCUACGCCGACAAGGUCGCCGUCGGCCCCCUGACCGUCACCAGCCAGGCCGUCGAGGCCGCCAAGACGGUGUCGUCCUCCUUCACCGCCGACCCGGAUAUCGACGGCCUUCUCGGCCUCGGCUUCGACAACAUCAACACUGUCUCGCCGACCAAGCAGAAGACGUGGUUCACCAACGUCAAGCCCCAGCUGACCUCGCCGCUCUUCACGGCCGACCUCAAGCACCAGGCCCCCGGCACCUACGAGUUCGGCAACAUCGACACGAGCAAGUACACGGGCACCAUCACGUACACCAGCGUCAGCACGACGCAGGGGUACUGGACGUUCACAUCAUCAGGGUACGCGGUCGGCACGGCAGCCUUUGUCUCGACGAGCAUCAGCGGCAUCGCCGACACGGGCACCACGCUGCUGUACCUGCCCACCACCAUCGUGCGCGCCUACUACAACAAGGUCUCGGGCUCGUCCAACAGCAACACGUACGGCGGCUACAUCUUCCCGUGCUCGGCCACGCUGCCGACGUUUACGUUCGGCGUCGGCUCCGCGCGCAUCGUCAUCCCGGCUGCGUAUCUCAACUACGGCCAGGUGACCGAUGGCAGCUCGACCUGCUUUGGUGGCCUGCAGUCGAGCUCGGGCAUCGGGAUCAACAUCUUUGGCGAUGUCGCGCUCAAGGCGGCCUUCGUUGUCUUCAAUGGCGCGACGACCCCUACCCUAGGCUGGGCGGCCAAGCCGCUCUGA